GACAUCAUCUACAGAGCAGACGCUCGAAAAUGGAGGAAAAUCGUGUUAAUGUUAUUGAAGCGAAGUUAACGAUAGAUUUAUAAAUACAGCUUUGGUUUUAAAGUGAGUGAUCUUGAGUGGUUCUCGUUGUGUUUGUAGUGCAGUCAGAGGUUAAAAAAGAAGCGUUAUGGACAUUGACAGUGAUUUAGAUGCGAAUUUAUUGCAGCAGUUUAGUUGCAUGGGUACAACUGACCGAGAUAUUUUGAUUUCUCAGCUCCAAAAAUUGUUAGGAAAUCAGCUCAACCCUGCAGGAUGUGCUUUCUUCUUAGAUAUGAAUAAUUGGAAUCUGCAGGCAGCUGUAUGUUCAUACUUUGACUUUGAAGCACCUCUAGAUAAGCUUCCUUCUAUGUCAUUUGUGAAAGAUGUAACCAUAGGAGAAGGAGAAGCUGUUCCACCCAGCACUAGAUUUGUGAAAACUUGGAGGAUUCAAAACCCAGGAGAUGACCAGUGGCCUCCAGGCUGUUGUCUAAGGUUUACCAAUGGUCAUCGUCUUGGUUGUGAGGAUCGAGCUUUAGUUGAGCCACUGAAGCCUAGAGAAGCAGCAGAUAUUUCUAUAGAGAUGCUAAGUCCAGACCGGCCUGGUAUCUACCAAGGCCAGUGGAGGAUGAGCACAGCAACUGGACAGUACUUUGGAGAAGUAAUUUGGGUAAUAGUCACAGUAGCAGAAGGAGGACUUCUCAGUCUAACUCAACAGAUGGAUGCUUUUCAUCAACUAGGUCAACCUCCACGCAGUGCCCCCAUCCCUACUAAUCCUUUUGCAACUACUGAAAGGAAAUAUCCAUUCAGCACCUCACCACAACACCCCCAACAAGAAGGAGGAACCUUCCCUCAAACUGUCAAUGGCUAUUCUUGUAGUUCUCCUAGCUCAGUAUCUCCAUCAAGGUUCAUGUAUACUUGCUCUAAUAGUCUCCCAUCAUCUCCCGUUAGAAGGCCAUUAUUUGAGACAUCAUCCACAAUACCCCAACUGUCUUCUUCCUUGCCAUCAUCUCAGAAACAAAGCAGCAGUGAAAGUGGUUCAGAAGAUAUGAUGUUAUAGAGUUAUUUAAAACUAUUUUAUGAUUUGUCAUUGUUUUAUUUGUGUAUGGGUGUGUUUUAAACUUCCUGAAAAGAAGUUGACAGAUUUUGACAGCACACUAAUUUUUUUCUCUCUGCUCAUUUUUUGUUUUAUAUAUCUCUUAAACUACGAGGUUACAGUAUAUAUAUGUUGUUUAUACACAUGAGGAAUACAGCUGAUACUCAUUCAUAGUCUGAGAACAUAAGAUAUUAAUAACUGGUGACAAUACAUGACAGAGUUGUUAAUGACUAUAUAUCUAAGAAACUUCCUUAGAGACAUACAACAGACAGCUAGUGAAUUAUUUUUAGUAAAGUAUGAAAUGCAGAUAGUAUAAACCUGCAAGCCAAUCAUUUUGUUUUGGGGAAAAAAUUACUAAAUUAAUUGUGAAUCUUAAAAUACGUUUUAUAAUGUUACAUAUGCUCUGUACCAACACUCACUUAUGUUUAUAGUUUAGCUGUGAUUUUGAAUUUAUAGCUGUAAACGUCUUCUAAAAAGCAGUUUUAUUUCAAAAUAGUUUUAUGCAUUGAAAGUGAGGCCCUUUUGAAUGAUCUAGUAACUUGAUAAUUAUGUUUGUGAAUGAAUUCAAUAAAAAAGAUCAUGAGAAAAGAUUCAGUCACUAGUUUGGAAUAUACGUGAGUAAAAUAAUCACAUAGAAUUUGGGGGAUGAUUUUUUUAAGAAACAAAAAAUAUACUAUUAAAUCUUCACUGGUUUAACAUAAUGUCAAAGUAUAGAAUUUCCAUUUAUGUCUAUCAAAAUGAUGAACUUUCACCGAGGAGUGUAUGAGAUUAAUUAGUUGUAGCUCAAAGUGGAAUCAAAAAAUUAUAUUAAUGUAAUUCUUAGAUGUAUGUCUACAUUGUUAGCUAGUUAGAAUAAUUUUUAAAUCUUCUUGUACUGUUCAUUAGUUAUUUAAGAACUGAAUCUUGCUUCUUUUAAAUGCUGGCACUUGAAUCAUUCAAGCUUUUUAAAACACAACUAUUUAUCAUUUGAAGAUCUUGAUUUUGAGAACUACUCUGGACCAAAAAACUGUUGAAGUGAAUCAGAAAGUGGUUAUAGUUUUGAGCUUUUAUUUAGUUACAACAAUGUAUUUACUAGUAAUAUGUACAAGUAUUUUCAUUAAGUAAAUAUUUAAAUUUGUUUCUUCAAUUGAUAAGUUUUUUAAAAUCUCAAGUUUUAAUGAACUUUAAAGCUAACUAAACUGAUUCAUAGUGUAGUCUCUAUCUGUCAAAUUCCUGCUACAGUGUUCCUGAAUAAACUUUUUCAAAAUUUACAUUAACAAAAACAUCUAAACAUACAGUAUGCCUUAUUUUCCCCUUAAAAUCUUGGAAAAUAUCACAUAUUUCAAAGCAAGGAAUUUUCAACUACUUUUACUUUCACCACUGUUUAUGCAAAUAUCAUUCUAAGAUAAUAUAUAUGUAUUAUUAGAUCACUUGCUUAAUGAAAUUGAUUCUGAGUGUUCAUAAUUACUGUUAUUAGAGUCUUAAGUUGCAGUUAUCAUUGACAUCAAAAUCUAAUUUGUUCCAGCACUUCUAUUUUGCUUUCAUUUCUUUUUCUUUAAGUAUCAUCAAAUACAACUUGAUUAAUAUUACCCACAGAAGUAAUGGAUGUCAGCAGCUUUGAGCGUAUGUUAACUUUCCAAACACACAAGGUGAUAAUUUCAGCAAACCUGACAAUAGAUAGAUUCAUAAAAAUCUCAACAAGAACUUUCAGAUGUUUAGUUUAAUAUUGUCUCUUAUAGUGAAUACCUGUAGAUAAGGAAUCAAAUAAACAACCUAUACUGUCACACCUACAGAUAGUUCUAUCAAAAAUCUUAUUUUAUGUAUCUAGGAGAAAUUAUAAUCUUUCUCUGAUGCUUUGCUAAAUAUAUUGUAUUAGUGACUGUUAUAAAGCACUGUACAGUUGAGUAUUUGUAAAGAUAAAGUAUUAACAUAAUGUAUUUCAACAGUACUGUUUGUAAUGAAAGUAGUACGUUAACCUAACCACUGGCUAACAAAAACUUGUUUCUGAAU